UGAGACACGGGGUAACUUGACCUAUCUCAACGACCAACAACCAGCGACCAACUCGACACCAAGAAUACGACUACUGAAGAAUAAUAACGACAACAUCAGGAUGCAUAAACUCCUCUUCUUAUCCACCCUCUCCCUCGCUGCAGCUACAUCUACCACUACUAAUGGAGACUUGGGGUAUUUGCAAUGCGCGUCCUCCAUCGCAGAAACCUACCCCCGCAGCGCAGAUUGUACCUCCCCCUCGGUACUAGACUGCUUUUGCAAUGCACCGUUUGAUCCGUCCUCACUGGGUCGGAAGACUUUGGAGAGUUGUGCGAGUGAGGGUGUUUCGCCAUCCAACAUCCCCGACUACGUAUGCAGCGACACCGACGUCCCCAUUGACGCUCGCAAGGGCAGUAGUCCCAUGAUGCGGGUUGAUACAACCGGCUCUAGUGCCAGUACGGAUGGCAAUGGCAACGGUAAUGGCAAUAACAAUGGCAAUGGAAAUGGCAACGGUAAUGGCAACGGUAAUGGCAACGGUAAUGGCAACGGUAAUGGUAACGGGAAUGGAAACGGCAAUGGAAAUGGCAAUGGCAACGGCAACGGCAACAGCGGCAACAUAUUCACACCCAAGCACUCAAACUACAAGGCCUCAAAGCGCGCAUACGCACCAUCCACCCCAGACCCCAACGCCGACGAGCCAUCCGCGGACACCCCAUCCAACCCCGACACAACGGACAACGACUCCUCAGAAGACCGCAUCGAAGCGACCACCAAAACCAAAACCGAAACCAAGACCUCCGAAGCGCGCAUCGAAGCACCGGCCACCAUAACCGAGCAUCACGGGGUGCACAUGACAGACGCCACGAACCCAAACGUAGUAUACAAGAUGUACACGGAGACAGUGACGGACUGUGCGUGUGAGCAUGCGGCCCCUACUGGCGAUGCGCAUGCCUCGGAGUUGAGAAUGGAGAGUGGAACUGCUGCUGCUGCUCCUACUGGUACAUCAGCAAGGCUGUUUGGAACGCAGGCGGCGGAGACGUCAGGGGCGGUGGUAUCGUCGUCGUCGGUGGUGAUGUCGAUGCCUAGUGGGGUGGAUGCGAGUCGGGUUGAUGGGGUGAAUAAUGUGAAUAAUGGGACUGGGGCGUUGUUUGAGGGGGGUGCGAGUAGGGUAGGAGGAGGAGGGGGAGUUGGGGGAUUGUUGAUGGGGGUUGCGGUGGGGAUUGUCGGUGUGGUUUUGGUUCUUUGA